AUGUGCACAGACCCUGGGUGGGCAACGACAGAGCAAAAGAGCAGGAAAUCGAAAAGGGAUCGGCUUUGGGCGCUGCGCACGAUCAAAGUCGCCGCGGGUAGGAGAGAGCGUAAGCGCAAGCCGGUAAAGAAGGCGGUCAAAGCCGAGAAUAUGCGAACUUUGCUCUGGGUGAAGCGGAGCACUGAAAAACAAAGGCGAUACCUGCUGGAGGUGAAAAGAGAAGUUGUCGUUUCUCCAAUGUGUCGCAGAGAUGAAGUCGAAGAGCAAAUACGGCAGCGAGAAGGAAGCAGAAAGAGGAACACGGGACAGAAGAGAUGGGUGACUGUGGUCGAGGAUACCCGUGAAAGAGGACUAAGGAAGAAGCCGGAUGACGAAUGA